AAAUAGUUGGAGACCUUCGACAACCUACACCAACCACAGACAGGAACACCAGAAAUGGCAGGAACUGGAGAUCAUCAUCAGGUGAAAGAUGUUACUCCUUCUGUCACCGAAAUUCAAAAAAAUUAUGGGCAAGCACUAGAUGAUCUUGUGAACGUGAACUCACUAUUCACCGCGGCGGUCUUCAUAGGAUUUUCUUUCAGCACGCCAGGCCAGACGAGUCUAGAUGGCCGAGAGAAGUGCAAUGCCAGUACUUUCAUGCUGAAGGUUCUAGUUCUGUUGGAAGUUGCAUCUUUCAGUUUCUUCCUGUAUUCCAGCCUAAUGGCCAAGGCACUCAAGUUGGAAUUCACACUCGAAAAGGCAAUUCAAACCAAGGGUUCUACUACUUCUUUGAAGUCAUAUGCGCGUAUGAUGUUAAUAUCCACUGUUUGGGCAUCUUUGUUUGGGUUUUUGUGCUUGACAUUGUCGAUCAUCUUAGCCAUCCAGGUGAAGUUGGGGAAGUUGUCUUGCAAGAAUGGAUUCACAACCUUUGGGAUUUCAUUUAUGUGUGUGGUUCUCUCUCCUGUUGUCGUUGCCUAUCUGAGUUAUGCAAUUUAUGCAAGUCGUAAGGAUCCCAGAAAAGGUCAUAGCCUUCUAGAAUUGAUAUUCAGUCCUCAUGAGGUGCUCGCCCCCUGAAUCACUAGAUCAGUCUGAUGAGAAAGAAAGGAUACAAGUAAUGCAUUAUGGUGUGGGUUGUUUGAAUUAGUCACUACUUUUUAAUAAUUUGCCCAAAAACCUUGUGUAAAAGGCAAGAGAGAA